CCGUUUACGUGGAGCCGAGGUUGCAUCCCACGCGGUCAUUACGCGCAUGCGCACUACAUGAACGCGUUUUCUCGAUCCAGAGCGUUAGUAAACGGACUUAAUUCGUUCAUUGCGGACUGGUAAUUCUCGUCUCGGUGAAGAUGCGGCUGCAGACCAUAGUUUACCUUGUCUCAGGACUUAUUGUAUUACACAUGACACAUACAGAUGGAUAUGUCUACGACCCAGAAGACAUACCAGACGACACAAUAGAAGAUACAGAAAAAAGAAAAAUAAUAGUGGUACAACAGCCGUGUAACGGUGGAAGACAGCUAAUUCGGACCAGUAGUGCCAUUCAAGACACAGAGCCAGUUAAAGAAAAACCCAUAAAACAAAAUAGAUUGCCUAAUCAUUUAAAAAAGUGGCAACUUUCCAGGUUGAAUGGCGACUCCAGCUUUAACUGGCAGAUGUACCUUUUAAAAAGGCGUCGCCCUUGGCUUAUGCUUCCGAAUACACGGUGCUACCGACAGAGUUGCGAGACGAGCAAAGACUGUUGUCGGGUUCAUAACAUUUGCGAUAAAUCAGCGAAAGUCUGUUACGACUGCUGGUAUGGUUAUCCCUGCAAGACGUCAGCGGACUGCUGCCAGCGCUAUCCACGAUGCGUGCGCAGCGCUAGCGGAAAAGGUAGAUGUGGGGCAUAAGAUCUCACGAGAUCGCCUGAGAUUUGUGGAGAUCUCACGUGAACUUGAAUUGGAAAAUGGUGGAUAAUUAGACGUUUGAAUUCCGUGGAGCAAAAACGUUUAUUUAUGCUUAAGACAUUAAUGUUUAAGUUCACAAACAUAGAAAAUGAUGGGAAAAGUCUUUCCCGAGAACUUUAUUAGUACAGCUUAAGAUUAAGAGACCCCUGACAAGUUAUUUCCAUCGGGGUGCUCGAUGAUUUAUCGAUAUUUGUGUAUGAAUUCAAUGACUUAUGGUACAUGUUAACUAACUAGGUCAAUCCUCUAUUUUGGACAUUUCCUUAAAGGGACAACUCUGGCGACGCAUUUAUCUGGCCAGGAGGAUAGUACCCUUGCUUCACGACAUGCGCCGCAACUAGUUGUUUCGCACAAAUGCUGAUAUCUAAUAAUGAGGUUCGCCAGUGUUGCGAGGCAAUUUUGAACACGGCUUAUGAAUUUCUGGCAGGACCUCAACGGCUUCAUCUGCUUCUGGUAUAUUGUUCAUGCAGUUCAAUGAUUUUUAGAAAUCGUACCAGUCGCGGUCCUGCUGUUGGCCAAUUUUGUAUGAAAAACCAACGUAUCUCAUGCCCAAGUUGUCCCUUUAAAGUAAACCAUUUAUUCGUACUCAAAUGUGUCUUAGUCUGGAACAGUAGAGAAGGAAUGUUUCCUAGGUCAUCCUUUCCGGAGUCAUGUGCGGCUUCAGCAAUUGUUUCCUCACUGUCGGUAUUGACUGUCUCACCAAAACCGUGAAGAUGGAGGUAAAACGCACGCCAAAACCGAGACAUACCGUCUGUCGGAGAGAGAGUUUCCUGGAGAAAUAUCGAGGUUCAGUUUCUUCUAGUGUUCUCAAACAAAACAAAAACACUUGUAGACGAUACCCCAGAACUCCUCAACAAAAAGCUUUGGUUUUCGUCGCACAGUGUAUGAAGGACCAGUGGUGUGACAAGUCGCAGAUUGGUCUACACCUAUUUGACUAGUGUUGCCACCCAGGUUUCUAUAAGGGAACCCUCAAUAUGAGAAAAGCAGGCAAUGACGCAAUAAAUUUGGUGAGGGGAGCUCCAAGGCGUCGGUACGGUGGUGAUGAAUAACAUCACACCGGUUAUUUACGGGUCACGUACAGUACUACCUAGUUUUGCCGGCAUAUUUUUGGAAAGAUUUUUAAACGGGUUAUCGGCACUCCUUACAGUUCCUUUGCCCCUCAUGUUGCAACCCAGAAGAUGACUCCCGCGAUGCUAUGGUCGUCCGUACUCGUAGUUUCAGUUUGAAUCACCACCGUGAUUGGUAAAAUCCUUUGAUUAAAUCGAUAAUAAUCCAAGUGAUGUUUGUAGCAUAAUGGAAUGAACUUCAAUAUUUGUUUAAAAUAUGUCAGGUUGGUAUAGAAAACGUACACGCAGUAGUAUUGUUCAUUUCGUAUAUACUUCUUUCAAGUUUAGAUUACACAUAUCUACGUUGCGUCCGAUGACUAACUUGAUUAGCAGUUUAUGGUCGAACCAUAUACAUGUAGCACUAUCCCGCGCACUCAAGAGAAAUCAAAUGCAUUUAUUUUUCUAUUCGUUUAAUGUAUAAAUGAAGAAUUUUGCCUCUGUCUCUGCUUCUGCUUAUUUUCUUAACAUACUGUAACUAUUGUGUUGUUUAUGUUUUAAUAAAGAUAUCCAUGUCAAUUCAAGAUGUGUUUAACGUGUUUUGCCUUUGAGUUCCGAACCUUCAUUCUGGGGCAAAUCGCAGACCGAAUAAGUCUUCCUUAUAUGUCAAUAUUCUU